AUGAAUUUACCAAAUAAUAUAAAUGAGUCUAUCGAAGAGUUUCAAAAAAAUGAUAUUGAGAAUGACCUGGAUUAUAAGAUGCUGCUGCAACAAAAGCAACAACUGGAGAAAUUGAAAUCGGAUAAGCUAGAAGUAUAUAAUAGAUUAGAGCAGUUGUACAAAGAUCUGCAACAUAGUCAAAACUACAAUGAACUAUUACGAUUUAUAGAAAAGAAUGGCACAAAGUUGCAAGAUACUCUAACUUUAGAAGGCCAGCAAAAUCGUAGUCAAAGUAAGUUGUUAGAUGUUGAAAUAGAAUGGGAGAAGUAUGGUGUUAAUCUAGCUGAAUAUAUACUAGAGGAUGAAGAAUUAUUGGCCUUAUAUCAUUCUGGAUUAUUAUGA